AUGGCCGAUCUUCUGAGAAAUGCACCUGUUGAGAGGGAUGUGGAGCAGGUAUGGAGCAUUUUACUCUUGUACUUCUGCCGAUUUAAUGAACGGAACUCAGUGAAGUGUUACUCGUUACGUGCCAUGUGAAAUUGUGUUCCAUCUUCAGUCUGAAAUCACAUUCCGCCAAUACAGUCAGAAAAAGUUAAUACGUAGAAGUUUCUGUCUGGCUAUUCUCAUCCUGUUUCAUGCAUUAUUUACCGUUAAAACAACCGGAUCUAAUCUGCACGAGUUUUUGAAAUCAAAGCCCUCGAUCUCUUUUUACUUACUAAUUUCAUUACUUAUUAAAUAUUGCUUGAUGGGCUUCAUUAGGUUCCGGAAAGGAUGGAGCUCAGGCAAUACUUAUGACAGCCUGAUGUGACCACAUUGCCCUUGAACGUGAAGAAAUGAUAAAUUGACCAGUCUGAUCCAGUCAUCUGACUUGGUUCCGUGGACCAUUAAUUCAGAGAUCUCUAGAACCAGAACAUUUUGUUACAAUCCCUAAUCAAUUCACAGAUUUCUUACGUUCAUUAUGUUACCACAUGUUUUGUUAACGAACCUCAUCAUAAUAUAUGGUGCCACGGUAUAUGAUGAUCUUUGUGUUUUUAGUGAAUGGCAACCUAUGUCCUUCGCUAGCAAUCUCGUGAGUUUUACUUCCCGAUUUUUUUUACAAGAAAUAUUUAGUUUUCUAUUCCAUUACUCCAGAGCUAUAUGCCAUAAAUUCAUGUUUGUCUAUAAAUAUGAGCAUUUAUUUUUUCUUUCCUGUUAUGUUUAGUGACUUGUGUUACUCUGCCUUUGGUAGUCAUGGAAAAUGAUAAAGUGAUCAAAAUAUUUUCUGAAAAUAGAAUGGUGAAUUGAUGGUUAUCUUUUUUCCUGUCAUGUUUCCAUCGUCUUUGCAUCUGACGUUUCACUUCAAAAUUUAUAUAUGUUUAUUGAUAUCCAUGAAAUUUUAUGGAUUAACAACCGACCAAUCUAAGAGAGAAUGUUUUGGCAUAGAAAAUUUGAACUUCUCUUGUUUAUCAUUCUGGAACAGAAAUAGUGAAGAAAUAAUCCUGCUUUGUAAGGGUAGGUAUGAUAUUUCAUAAUUAGGUUAAGAAUUAAUGUUAUUGCAUAACAUCAAAUACAGAAGAUCAACAGCUGCACUAUUGUUCUUUGGACAUGCAGGCAAUUACAGCACUGAAGAAAGGUGCAUAUUUACUGAAAUACGGACGUAGAGGAAAGCCCAAGUUCUGUCCUUUCAGGCUUUCUAAUGUAAGCUUUUUUCUAAUUCAUAUCUUUUCAGGUUUUCUAAAAUAGUUCACUUUGGUAUCAUGGUUGCUCCCUUAUCAGGUAUUAUGAUGCGAUUUAAUUAUGUGCUUUUGAUUUUUAUUAUGUUUAUUUUUCAGGAUGAGUCUAUAUUGGUUUGGUUCUCUGGUAAAGAGGAGAAGCAUCUUAAGCUCAGUCAGGUGUCAAAGAUUAUUCCUGGACAGCGUACUGUAAGAUAUAUUCUCAUUAACCUUGUGUGGAUACUCUCGGAUUAGUCUCUCAACUGUUAAUAUCUACCUCGAAAAAAAUAUAUUUUUAGCUUUGUCACGUUUCCUUUUUGCAAAUAUGUACAUUGAGUCGCUUGUAUUUGUUAUUUUUUUAAUGGUAGUUGAAAGAGAAAUAUGUGCUUCAUUAUGGAAUGAUAUAUACUAGUAGGUGUGAUUUAUCUUCCUGUAACAUCUAUAUUUUUGCCAUUUAUAAAUUUAUUUUACUUUUCAUCUUUAAAUAAAUGUAUUUUUAUCUUUAUGACAUUUCCUUUCGUGCAUGUGCAUGGAAUAUCUUCUUUGUUUUUGCUUUAUGUUACCUGAAAGAGAGAAGUUUCGUGAUGAAAUGAUAUAUAACAAUCUGGAUGAUUCCAACGUCCAGAAAAAUCUACAGUUCUACAAUGUAUAUAUAUAUAUAUAUAUAUAUAUUUAUUUAUGAUUUUUUUUCCCAUUUAAGACCACACGCGUGGUUUACCUUUUCUGGGAUUUUAAGUUCGAGUCGUAAGCUCAAUGCCAUUUUUUUAAGAGUAUAUAUUCAAUAAAGCACAUCUAGAAGUAUCUGCCUAUCUGUCUCGAUCUCUCUCUGACUUGUUUUUCUCUUCUAGCGUUUUCACUACUAACAAUAUUUGUUUUACGAGAAAAGAAAAAUAGUUAUUCCAUUGAUCUGGUUUAGUAAAUGACAUGGACGUUGUAUUUCAGGCAAUAUUUCAGCGUUACCCACGUCCUGAAAAAGAGUAUCAAUCAUUUUCUCUCAUAUAUAACGACAGAUCUUUAGACUUGGUGGGUACAUUGGUCGCCUAGUUAAUUUUUUUCAUUUUGCUCUUCUUAAUAAUGAUUUGAUCUUUCAUUUUUGGCAUAGUUUAUGCAUAUGCAUGCCCUGAUUUUCCUAGUUUUCGAUGUUGCUGUUGGGAACUGAGGCAGAUAUGCAAGGAUAAAGAUGAAGCUGAGGUCUGGUUUGUCGGUCUGAAGGCACUGAUUUCUUGCGGUAGCAGUAGGAAAUGGAGAAUAGAGUCAAAAACUGAUAUCGCUUCAUCUGACACCAGUAGCCCACAAACACAUACUCAGAGAAGUUCACCUCUGGUUUCACCGUUUGGAAAUAAUGAUUCCUUUUUCAAUGUAAGGAAGUUGUUGGGAUUGGAUAUUUUGUUUCUCUUACUUGUUCUUCCUAUUGGUUGUGACUACCUUCUGGCUUCUAUAUUCAGGAUCCUUGUGUUUCACAACAAAUUCAUAAUCCGUCCGAGGCUCAUCAGUGCAAUGGCUUGGGAAAAGUUCUAUCUGAUGUCAUAUUAUACACUACACCUGCCAUGGGUCCUGCUAUCUCGGAUUCUGUGGGCUAUUCUCAUAGCUCACUCUCAUCUAUGAGUGGAGACCAUCCAAACGGGCGGGGCUCCGCUGUUGAAGCUUUUAGAGUUAGCCUCUCUAGUGCUGUAAGCUCCUCCAGCCAUGGAUCUGGUCAUGAAGAUUUUGAUGCGCUAGGGGAUGUUUUUAUCUGGGGAGAAGGCGUAGGAGAUGGGUUGCUUGGAGGUGGUGUUCAGAAGGUUGAGAAUUCAUCCACCAAGAAGACUGAUGCCCUUUUACCUAAGGCACUGGAGCCAGUCGUAGUUCUUGAUGUUCACAGUAUAGCUUGUGGUAGUAGGCAUGCUAUUUUAGUUACCAAACAGGGUGAGGUUUUUAGUUGGGGUGAGGAGUCUGGAGGCAGGCUUGGUCAUGGGGUAGAUGCUGAUGUUUCUCACCCAAAACUUGUUGACGCUCUAAGUGGCAUGAGCAUUGAGCUUGUCGCAUGUGGGGAAUAUCAUACCUGUGCUGUAACCAUGUCAGGAGACCUUUACACAUGGGGUGAUGGAAUUCACAACACCAGUCUCCUUGGGCAUGGGAGUGAUGUUAGUCACUGGAUUCCAAGAAAGGUAAAUGGUCCUUUAGAAGGUCUACAUGUUUCCUCAAUUUCAUGUGGACCAUGGCACACAGCAAUCGUGACAUCUUCUGGUCAGCUAUUCACUUUUGGUGAUGGAACUUUUGGCUCACUAGGACAUGGAGAUCGUAGAAGCUCAAAUAUGCCGAGAGAGGUGGAAGCUUUGAAGGGACUACGUACAGUUCAAGCUGCUUGUGGUGCCUGGCAUACAGCAGCUAUAGUAGAAAUUUCAACCGAAUCUUUUAAGUCUAGCAACUCAUCUUCUGGAAAACUUUUCACAUGGGGAGAUGGAGAUAGAGGUCGACUUGGACACGGUGAUAGAGAUACUAGGCUUGUUCCUGAAUGUGUAGCUGCAUUACUGGACUUAAACUUUUGCCAAGUAGCAUGUGGUAAUGACAUGACAGUUGCUCUGGAAACAAGUGGACGGGUGUAUACCAUGGGAAGUCCUAUAUAUGGUCAACUUGGUUGUCCUGAGGCAGAUGGAAAGCUUCCCGCUUGUGUUGGAGGAAAACUUUUGAACAGUUUUGUGGAAGAGAUAGCAUGUGGCUCCUAUCAUGUAGCGGUUCUGACAUCAAGAACUGAAGUGUACACUUGGGGGAGAGGAGCAAAUGGUUGCUUGGGUCAUGGAGACAAUGAUGACCGCAAUUCUCCAACACUGGUUGAAGCUCUGAAGGACAAACAAGUCAAAAGUGUUGUGUGUGGUUCAAAUUUUACUGCUGCCAUCUGUCUUCAUAAAUGGGUGUCUAGUGCUGACCAAUCUGUAUGCUCUGGUUGCCAUCUUCCAUUUGGUUUCAGAAGAAAGCGUCAUAAUUGUUAUAAUUGUGGACUAGUCUUCUGCAAAGCGUGCAGUAGUAGAAAAUCACUAAAAGCCUCUUUGGCACCAAAUAUCAACAAACCUUAUCGUGUAUGUGAUGAGUGCUUUAUCAAGCUGAAGAAGGCCUUAGAAGCUGUAUCUGUAUCUCGUUUUAUGAAGCAUCAUGUGAUCAAUGGCCUUCCUGAAAAAGCCAUAGUUAAUUCUAAAGCUCAGGGGCAUCUUUCCAGGCUUUCUUCACUCGAGUCCUUCAAAACAUCUGAAAGCAGGCUUUCCAAGCACAAAGCAGACGCAAAUGCUGCUCGGUUUUCUCCCACUAAUGGAGCUUCUCAUUGGGGGAGCUUCUAUUCAACGAGAACAUCAAACUAUAUAUUUGGAUCUUCAAAGAAAAUAUUUUCUGCUUCUGUUCCAAGUUCAAGGAUUGCGUCUAGGGCAUCUUCACCCAUCUCAAGAAAGCCAAGUCCACCUCGUCUGGCAGAUAAUGUUAAUGAUAUGACAUCCUCGGAAAUAAUAUUUGAAAAAUCAAAGAUGACAAAUGAUAGCCUGAACCAAGAAGCUAUCAAGCUAAAGUUGCAGGUAACUGUUUUAUAUGAUGUCAAGAAGGAAUUGGUUAUCAUAGUAUCGUCAUUGUGUAUGCGUUUUUAUUUCAUCCCCCGUUAGAAGAAGAGACGUGGUUGUUACUUCUAGUACAUGCUGGCGUUCUUUAAUGCUUUUUUAGGAUAUGUUUUGCUCAGUUCACAAUAUUCUUAUGCAGUUCAUAGAGCACAGUUGGUUCGGAAAACCGACGUAGUCGGAGAAAUGUUCAUUGUCUUAUCUGUAUCCUCUAAUUGAUGUCAUAUACUAAGUCAGUAAACCCGACUACAUUUGAUAAGGAGCACAGUUGGUUCAGAAAACCGACGUAGUCUGAGAAAUGUUCAGUGUCUUAUCUGUAUCCUCCAAUUGAUGUCAUAUACCAAGUCAGUAAACCCAGAUCUGUCGACUAUAUUUGAUAGAGACUCCCUUUCUGUUUUUCAUGAAUAAACUUUCUCCACUUCAAAGGAUUUGAACAUUUGAAUCUCUAAUUCUAGACCUUGUGUAAGAGAAAAGGACCAAUGAAAUUUAAAAUAAGAAAAAAAAAUAAUUUUUAAGGAAUUACUGGAGUUGCUUCGCAAGACUUUUUCUUCUUUCCUGCCAAAUUUUUGGAGAGAGCGAAAUCCUUCAAAUAUCUUUAUCUUGUCUUGCUUGACAACUUGUACUACAACUUGAAAUCAUGGCACUUGGGAUUGGCCUACUGCAACUUCUGGAUUGACAAGAUUAGGCUCUACUACAACUUGAAAUCAUGGCUCUUGGGAUUGGCCUAUUCUGAUGUGGAUUGGGAUCAGCAAUGUCUGAUUUGAUCUGGGCAAAGUUCCAUCCUGAUCCCACUUUCCCUGGAUGUAUAUUUGUUAACAAACCUCCGAAAUAAGCCAGGAUCAGCACAUUUAGGGGAAGGUCAUCUUAGAGUCGUCCAGUUCCCAACCAAUUCGGCCCCAUUUUCUGACAAAAUGUGAGAGGUUGGCAGGGUUUCAGAAGACUUGAAGCAGUUAGUUUAACUGACCAUAGCUUUUCUGAAUUGAAUCUGACUUGGCCAACCAGUCUGAUUCAUAGCUCCAGUUGAGAUCCUUCACACAGUCGUUUGCCUCUACAUGUUUACUCUUUCUUCAAAAGAUUAGAUUCCCUAUUCUUUAGAAAUUCAUUCACUUGUUACCAUCCCGUACUUUUUUGUCUUGAACAAACUAGCCUCUGAGGAUAUAGCAUCAAUGCUGACUAGGUGAGCAUCAAUAGGACGACUGCUUGUGAUUGAAAUGAGGUGGCCGAUUUGUCUCCAAAGAUAAUCCUUUCUUCUCUUAUCACCUAGUUGUCUAGAGUUUCUGAAACCUUAUGGAAAAGGGAUCCAAUCACACCAGACAUCUAGAUUUUCUCAUGUACGUGAAACAUGUAUUUAUAGAUUAUCCUGGUUUAAAGCUAGCUCAGGGUUCUUAUAAAUACACGUCGAGUCGUUCUAGAAAUUUUGCUUGAUAAUAACCAAACAAACUUGUGAUAUAAAUCACUCGGGGCUCCUCUAAGUGGAUCUUAUCCAACUCAGCCGUGCCAUCAGAUGGUGGCCAUCUCCAGGCUUUCUUUUGGAUUAUUAAAAGGAGUACUGAAUCUGUUGGAUGAUUUUGCUCUAGGGGUGUAAUAUGAUGAAAUGGCCGCAUGCACCUUCUCAACUAACCAGAACAUCGCAGGGAUGCACAUGAAGGUGGGAUAGGUCUAUCAAUGCCUUGGUGAUUGUGGUUUUGGAAGUUAGGAAAAGACAGAUUCUGUUUUGGAGUGCAUACUUUAAUAGCUGAUUCCUCGAGACUAAUUACAAGUCCUCUUAUCUGUGUGGCUGGACAUCUUUUGUGAUUUCAAUUUUUGCAAGAUUUUGUUCUGUCUCAACUGGAUAACAUGAAGUACUGGAUUCUGGGAAGUACCCAAUGUUCUUAUGUCUUAAAAUAUCAUAUCAAAAGGAUAUUUGGCCUACAAAUUAAUAAAGUCAACAGUUUCCGCUCAGGUUAAGAAUCAAACAUGGGGCUAGAGAUAUUAAAAAAGUCCACCCAAGAAUGAGUCAAAAGGCCAGAUCUUGUACACAUCUUUAUUAACAGAAAAUCAGAUCACAGAGGAUAGAGCUGAUAAAGGAUGAUGAUGAGAGCCAGCCAAUAAUUACGAAAUGUAGAACAUGUCGUGAUGUUUUGCUAAUCUGUUAAACUCGGAGGGUAUAGAACGAUAAUGCCAUCCUGACUCGUGUUCCAUCGAACUGAAAAUUCACCUAUUCUGUAAUCAUACAGAGGUACCCUCCAAAAAAAAGGUUCCCCACUGGGUUUUUUCAAAACUGCAUGCUGCACUCAGUUUUUUCUCCACCUUCUAUCGCCUGCAUUCGAAGCUGUAAUCCUACCUCUUUUACCUAGCAUGAUCUCUUGUUGCUUUUGUAAUGUACCAUUUACUUGCCUUCUUAUCAGUACGAAUGUUGUCUAUAUUUACCUUUCCACUUUUGUGCAUGGAGAGUCAUCCUAUAUGAUCAUUCCGUUCUGAGCAUCCUUGCAAGUUUUCACCAAUUCACCAUUAUGAAAAGUGUCACAUCUGUAUGAGUAGAUCACCAUUAUACAACAAACCUUGUCCAACAGUUUCAUGUGAUCAAAUCCUCACCUCAUGAUAGAAGUUAGCAAAAUGACUGUCCUUAGCAAUUAAUGGAUUUAGAUGAUGCCUUUUUUAUUUAGGAAUAAUUUCCCUAUACAAUCUUACAGACAGGAAUCCUCAUGCAGGUUGAGGAACUUACGCGAAAAUCUGAAUUUCUAGAGCAUGAGCUAGAGAAAGUUACGAGGCAACUGCAGGAAGCCACAUCUACAGCAGGAGAGGAAAGUGCGAAAUGCAUGGCCGCAAAGGAAGUUAUCAGAUCUCUAACUGCACAGGUAAAAUAUUUUUUUAUUCAACUAUCCUGUCCAUGAUGCUUUGAUCCUUUAUACAUGUUGAAUUUGGAAGAGUGAGACGGUGCAUCUCAGUUGAGAGGAAACCUGAAAGGAUGGCAAAAGUGGAAGACUGAGAACGGAAAUUUAAAGGUUCGAGGGCCUGAAACUGAUUUCUGUGUGCGCGAUGCAUAUAUGAAGCAGGGAAGAUGAUUGUGGUUGUUAGAGGCGGUUGAAUAAUAGACAAAGAACUUGGAAAUAAGAGAAUUUGAAGCGAAGUUGAGAUGAUACCAUGUUAGCUACUUCGCAAUAUGCAAAACCUUAUAAUCAAGUCCCCUCUCCUGGUUGGUGGUAGAUAAUUGAUCCCGAUUGGGUUAGAUGAUGUGAAGAGAAGUGGAGAUCUGCAGAUAUGUCAUGGACGAGAGCACACGGAACCUUUGUUCUUUGGGUGAAUUUAUUAUAGAUCAGUGCAAAAUAUUUUUUUAAUCUUCAGUCUGACUUAGUCCAUGAUACUCUCACACUUUAACGGCUUUUAAUCCAUCUGCCAUCAGAAAUAUUAAAAUAGAAUAAGCGUGACUUUUUUUGAUAAUGAGCAUUUUGGUAGAUAUUUGGUAGAUUUUUUUCACAUUUAUUAUGCACCUACAUGGUCGGGUCGAGUAUCCACUUGUAGCAGUAAACAACAUACUUUUCUCGAAUUCUGUUAGGUUUUUAUUUGGUGGCUGCAGUUUAUAUUCUUGUUUUGAACCUCGGGGUAAUAAUUUACGGGGAAAAGAAGAUCAAGAUAGAGCGAGCGAGUGUGUGUGUGUGUGUGUGUGUGUGUGUGUGAGAGAGAGAGAGAGAGAGAGAGAGAGAGAGAGAUCUAUAUUAAUAUGGAAUUUCUGUUUUACUACAUUUUUUUUUCCAAGUUUCUCCUUGGUGUUUUUCUUCGUUUAACAAUUAAACCGGCUCUUUUUAUACAUUAUUAUUGAUGACAUAAAGUUUCAUAUCUCAAUUACAUUAUUGUCAUCUGAUUCUUCACUUUGUCCGCUAACAUUGUCCUUGCCGUUAAAAUUCUAGUUGAAGGAAAUAGCUGAAAGAGUAAAAGAUGGUCCUAAAACUGAGAAUGAACAUCAGUCUGAUUCUUCCUAUAACUCCAGCAAUCCUCGCUUGCCUCCUGAGAACCAUUCAACAGCUUUUCAGAUGUUGGAACCCAGUGUCCAAUCUGACAAUGCACCAUCUUGUAAUGGAAGCAAAACGUCAGCAGAUGAAGUGGAAUGGGUUGAGCAGGCAGAACCUGGUGUAUAUAUCACAGUUUCUGCCUACCCGGGUGGAGGCAAAUAUCUCAAGAGAGUUCGCUUCAGGUACAGUUAGUCUCAUAUUUCAUUUCUACCUUGUCAUCUAUCUACAAGUUUUUUGGGAUAUUCCCUUUAUAGCCUCAGAGUUCAUCACUCCAUACCCAUUUUCCUUGUCAUUUUACAUACUCUUUCAAUGGAUAUCUGGGAUUAAGAACCUCUCUCGCAGAUGCACUGAUCAAUGACCAAGCAAGAGACCGACCCACUGACUUUGUUUUUGUAAGAAAUAAAAAACAUAACGAUAUUAAAUUGAGACAAGGCUGGAGAACAUUUCGGUGGAACGUUUUGGCCUCCGUUUAAUGGAGCUUUCACGACUGGAAAGAGGGAGGCAGAAUUUUCCUUUUCUCCUAUUGAACAUUUGCUCUGUGACAGGGGACCCCGUUUCGAAAAGAAGCAUUGAUUUUAUCUUGCCUUUGGAAGCAGGUGACGGGGGACUUAGACGAGUCACUUUUAGAGCAUAUUUUUGCCGUGAUGUUCAAUCAGCAUAACUCGACAUAUGUGGAACUUUUUUCACAAAUAAAUCUUCUCUUAUCGCGAUAUUACAUACUAAGUACUUUCUAACCUUAAGCGCCUGUGAUUACUCGAUAAGAUGCCGCAUCAUAAUUGUAGGAGGAGAAGCGUGAGGCCAUCAUCAUAGUUUUAUUUAUUCUAAUUCUUACAGAGCUUAAUUCAUGAGAUACCUUGGAUACUCUCAACUCUUGUUCUGCUGCUUCCCAUGGAAUUAAUUGGCAUUACUGAUUGUCUUAAUUUAUUACUGACGGCAGCCGGAAGAGGUUUAGCGAGCAGCAAGCUGAGAGAUGGUGGGCGGAAAACAGGCUGAAGCUUCAGGAUAAGUACAUCAUCCUGGCACAGGAAAAGAUGAACUGUAGCCCUUUAUCCUCUUGA